UGUGUGUGUGGAUCAGGGUGGGGUGUUGCGCAUGCACGGUGGCUUUGGCCGUGUAAAUCUCCGUCAGUGUCUGUCUGGAGCGUCCUGCCGCUGCGCCGGAACAAGAGAGAAGAGCCCGUCACCUGAAACAUUUCAUCGUCCACCUUCAGAAUCUCUGCAGGAUUGUCUGGAAACCUUCCUCCAUCGCGUCCGGUUUGUUUUGUGCCGACGGCGGCGGGUGUCAUUGAGCUGCGGGGCGUCGCUUCUCCAAACGCGCAUCGGGAAUCAUUACGCGUGCGGAUCUCCAACCUUCCGCGCAGAGAUGUCCGGAUACCAGGGCAAGAAGAACAUCCCUCGCAUCACUAGUGACCGACUUCUAAUCAAAGGAGCGAAGAUAGUGAAUGAUGAUCAGUCUUUCCAUGCCGACAUCUAUAUGGAGGAUGGAGUCAUCAAGCAAAUCGGUGAAAACCUCAUAGUUCCUGGUGGUGUGAAGACCAUCGACGCCCACGGCGGGAUGCUGAUACCCGGUGGCAUCGACGUUCACACCCGCUUCCAGAUGCCCGAUCGGGGAAUGACAGCUGCUGAUGAUUUCUACCAGGGCACACGAGCUGCUCUCGCUGGUGGCACCACUAUGAUCAUCGAUCAUGUGGUCCCAGAGCCAGGCAUCAGUCUGAUCGCUGCUUUUAACCAGUGGAGGGAGUGGGCCGACCACAAGUCCUGCUGCGAUUACUCUCUGCAUGUGGACAUCACAGAGUGGCACAAGGGCAUGCAAGAGGAGCUGGAGGCGCUGGUCAAAGAUCACGGCGUCAACUCUUUCCUGGUCUACUUGGCCUACAAGGACAUUUUCCAGCUAAACGACUCCCAGAUGUAUGAGGUGUUCAGUAUGAUCAGGGACUUGGGAGCCAUCGCCCAGGUGCACGCAGAGAACGGAGACAUCAUUGCUGAGGAGCAGAAGAGGAUUCUGGGAUUGGGUAUCACUGGUCCAGAAGGACAUGUUCUGAGCCGCCCAGAGGAGGUGGAGGCCGAAGCCAUCAACCGGGCUGUGACUGUCGCCAAUCAGACCAACUGCCCGCUUUACAUCACCAAAGUGAUGAGCAAGAGCGCUGCUGAUGUCAUCGCACAGGCCAGGAAAAAAGGUACCGUGGUGUAUGGGGAGCCCAUCUCAGCCAGCCUGGGGACCGACGGCACUCACUACUGGAGCAAGAACUGGGCCAAAGCUGCAGCCUACAUCACAUCUCCACCCCUCAGCCCCGACCCCACCACCCCGGACUAUCUCAACUCCCUGCUGGCCUGUGGUGAUCUGCAGGUGACUGGCAGUGCUCACUGCACCUUCAGCACUUCCCAGAGGGCCGUGGGCAAGGAUAAUUUCACCCUCAUCCCGGAGGGGACUAACGGUACUGAGGAGAGAAUGUCCAUCAUCUGGGACAAGUGUGUGGUGACAGGUAAGAUGGAUGAAAACCAGUUUGUGGCUGUGACGAGCACCAACGCCGCCAAGAUCUUUAACCUGUACCCACGGAAGGGCCGUAUCGCCGUGGGCUCUGAUGCCGACCUGGUGCUCUGGGACCCCGACACCACCAAAAUCAUCUCUGCUAAGAGCCACCACCUGGCGGUGGAGUACAACAUCUUUGAAGGGACUGAGGUGCGUGGAGCUCCUCUGGUGGUGAUCAGCCAGGGCAAGAUCGUCCUGGAGGAUGCGAACCUCCACACCAUUGAGGGAUCUGGACGCUACAUCACCCGUAAACCCUUCCCAGACUACGUCUACAAGAGGAUAAAGGCCCGCAGCAGGCUUGCUGAGCUGCGUGGAGUCCCACGAGGUCUGUAUGACGGCCCGGUGUGUGAGGUCACUGUGACACCUAAGAUCAUGACCCCUGUCACCUCCGGUAAGACUUCUCCGGUCAAACACACUCCUCAACCGGUUCGUAAUCUACAUCAGUCUGGAUUCAGCCUGUCUGGGGCUCAAAUUGAUGAUAACAUCCCUCGUCGUACAACUCAACGCAUUGUGGCGCCCCCAGGUGGCAGGGCCAACAUUACCAGCCUGGGAUAAAAUCAAAUACUCAUUACAGAGAAAAAAGGAUGGGGUGGGAUGGGGGUUAAAGAAACUUGGGCUUUUCACCCGGGAUCGGUCCAGCUAUCUGGACUGCGUCCCAACAAGCACACCUCUACUUCCUCCUACACUUCUGUCCAGUCAUCCACCCCUGACACCCAUCCUUUUAACUCUAGUGUCCUGAUUUUUGAGUGUCUUUCUUAGAUGAAUAAGUUUCAGGAUUACUUGGCAUAGAACUGGGAUGCUUACUGGAAAGUUUGACUAAACAGUAUACUAGCAUUCUACUAAUUCUUCAGUAUGAAUAAUGUGCAUAGUGUGAGUUUUCUAUAUGCAAUGACCUACUGUACUGUGCAGUAUGAAACAGAGCAUAUUGCACUGUGUACUGUAUCCCAUAAUGCAAUGCAGAUUUCCAUUUCUCAUGCGACGAAUGACCUGGAUAUAAUAACUUUUUCUUUGGUCAGACUGUCUAAAUUAGUUUUUACAUGCAGUAAGAUUAAAAUGCAAAAUAACUAUUUAUUUCGGCCUUGAUAAAUGUGACGUAAACAUGCUUAUUUUUAGCCAAGUGUUCCUGAAUCUUAUCCAGCUAACCAAGAAAUCAACUUUCAACGAAUAGGAACUACCCAGCUAACAAAAAUAUAUUCUAAGAACGUUUUGCUAAAGUUAUUUUUCUCUGAACAUUCAGAACAUCCAGUUAAAAAAAAAAAAAGUUUUAUUUUGGUUAUGUGAACGAAAGAGAAAUCUUUUUGCGAACAUUAUGGGAAUGUUACUUUUAAAUGUUCUCUAAACAUUCUUAAACUAAUGGUUAAAAAUGUUAGAGAAAUGUGGAACUAAAAUGUUUCAGAAAAACGUUCCAUGAAGGAUGUAAAAAUAACAUUUUUGAGUUAACGAUUAAGAACGUUGAGACCAGUUAACUCUGAACGAACGUUCUAAUAAUGUAACUGGAAGAAUGUUUGUUCGUAACUUUGAGAAAACCCUGCCAGAACGAUCUGAUAACGUUUUGUUAGCUAGGUAGUAAUAUCCGUCAUUUGCCUCCACACUUUAAUGUUUUUAUUUGUUUGAAUUCUGGAAAUGAACAGCACAAAACUCCCGCCUGUAUCGUUAUGUAUUAAUCGUGCUGUCACUAUUUUGAUUUGUGGUUUUUCCUUGUAGGAAGAGUCGAUGAGAUAUUUAUUGUUUAGGAUUAAAACCACGUAUGUAUUUUACAUUUUGCAAAAGUGACAACUCUUCAACGAACGCCUGAUUUAUAACAAGUUUUUAGAAUGUUGUUUUAUAAUGAACUUAAUAAUUGAAUAAUAAUUAUUAUUUUUUUUUCCCUAUGUAGCUGUUAUGAUUUCGGUUUCAGGUUGGUGUUUCAACACUCCCUGAGAUCCCUCACAUUUGUCUUCCUCACAUUUUUGCGCUUCGUUAUUUUCUCUCAGUAUUGUUUAACUGCAGUUUUGGAGAUGUUUAGAGCAAAAAAAGAGACUAACAGUGGUGUUUUUGGCCGUGGUGCGCAGUCCUGUGGGGUUUUAGUGUGAUUUGAAUUCACUCAUUUUUCGCUGUAAAUGUCAAACUGUCCAUUCCUACUUUGUCCCACGGUUGCACGAAGGGGGUCUCACCAGAAACAAUACACUACAGUUUAGAAAAUAAAGAAAAACUCUAGGGGCGAACAGCGGAUGGAGAGGGAGGUGCUCUUUUCACCCUUUCAUUUCGGUUUAGGAGGAAGGCUGUUACUAUAGCAACGGUCCCGAUCACUCGGUGUGGAUGCUGAUUAGUUAAGACAACCGUGCCGUGCAGGAGCGCCACCCCAGUAACCUCUUCACACCAGGGGUUUUUUCAUGUGGUGGAUCUCGGCACGGGUUCGACCGUUCCCUGUGACGUCACAGCCGCUCCACGGGGCAGCUACUCACCCCCUUCUGUUCCGUCCCACAACAGAACCGACCUUUACCGUGAGGACAUUCUGAAGGUUGCAGUGACUGUCUGUCAAACGGAUCGUCCGGCAUGUGUAAGGUUGAUCAGUGUUAUUCUAAAUGAAAUGUUAGGUCACAAUGUUUUUCUUACGUUGCAGUUCUGCUUUGUUUUUAUAAAUCGAUUUGCCUGCCUAUUCACCAAGUGAUACAGUUCUUGAUUAAUGUCUGUGAGUGUUGUUAUGACAAGCUGAACAUUUCUCAUGGAAGCUAUGUACACAAUUCAUUAUUCUUCAUGUCUUUGAUUGUUACAAUAAAAUGCAGUUGUGAACAAAA